UCAACAUUGAGAGUUCCUCGCACCAAAUAUCUUAUUUGUUUUUGCUUAAUAAUUUCUAUGGGACCUUACUUCUACUUGCACUAGUUGCUAUUGUGUUUGUGAUAAUCUUUACUACUAUAUCUAGCUCUUCCUUUGUUUUCGUGCUUGACCAUUUAAUGCCUAGUGUUUUUUCUAGGGUUUUUAAGUAUUUUGAUUUGUCUAAGUUUUUAAUUCUGGGUACCGUAGUCUUACCACUGUGAAUUCUCUCUCUCCAACUCGAUCUCAAAAUAGAUUUACGGGUGCUCCGAUAAUGAGUCAUCUUUGAGGUACUCCCAUGACUUUACUUUAAGUUUAUCUCCUCCUAUUGUAACGUCUAUCAUAGAUGUAUGCUUUGGGACAUAGGUUAACUUACUCUUUGGUUUGUUGGUUACAUUAAGAUUAUUAUUUUCUAUAAAAUUUUCUAGUUCAGACCCUUGUCUGCGUUGCUGCUAUUCCACAUCUUAUUAUUUGCGUUUGAGUCAAGGCAAAAAAUAGUGUUAUUAAGAUCUUUAUGUGCUUCUAGAGGUUUUAGUAUAGUAUCGAGUGGUUGGGUGGGGCGACAAUAAAUCGAAAAUAGAGAUAAGGAGUUAUAUUUUGUUAUGUUUAUGCCUGCACAGUAGUUACUGCUCGGCGAGGUUAUGUUUUUUUCUAAAUGUACUUUAUUAGUUACUAUAGCCGCUUUGUAUGCAUGAUCUGUAUUAAGGUUGUGAUGAAUCGUAUAUAUUUCUGGAAAAUUUGAUAGAUGUAUUACGUUAUUGUUAAAAAUGAUCUUAUUGGCGUACGGUUCUUGGAUUAAGGUGACAUCUAUGUCUAGAUCGUUCAUUUAUUUAAUUAGAUGGAGUGUUGCUGAGAUGGAAUGUUAGAUUUAUUUGUAUGCACCUUAGUUUUCUUGCCAUAUUUUUGUGUUCCAUAUUUAAGCUAAAAGUUUUUUAGUCUAUCCACUGCCUUGAUGUGCACCGGACAUUGGAAAUCGUCCGACCUGUGUGCACCUUUGCAGUUUACAUAUUUGAGUUUGCUAUCCGGAUGGGUACAGUCUUUCGUUCUGUGCGAUUCCGCACAUCUGCCACAGGUUUUUGCUGUCUUUUUGUCUUGGCAAUUAAAUGCGACAUGGCUCUGUCUUUUGCACUUGAAGCAGUAUGAUAUUUCAAAUUCCAAUUUAGUUUUUUCUACCGUGUGUUCCUUAAAAUCACCUACGGCAUUUUUCAUCGAGAUUUUCCUCGCCUGAAUUACUGUUUCUUCGCACUUUUUAGAUGUAACGUAGAUCUUUAAAUGUCCUUUUAGCUUUGAAAGGGGUUUAAUUCUACUUAUAGUCGUAGUAUUUCGUUUGUAAAUUCCAUCUCAUUUUUAAGUUCUUCUAGGUUUUCUGUUCCUGUUCCAAAGACUGCGAUUGGAUAUUCUAGUUUACGUUGUGUAACCGAUUUUACUGAUACCUUCAUUGUAGAGUCUGCUUCUAUUAAUUGUUUAGCCUUUUGGGCAUCUGCUUCACUAUUAAACUUAAAACGACUUACUUUUAAGAAACGUUCCUAUCGUAUCCCCGCAUAGCAGCGAUCGAAUACUUAAUUUGAGGUGUUUCAGUGUUUUUAAAUUACUGAAACGUUUAAGUAUUCAUUUAUAAACACUACACAAAAUUGUAUCCUACUUCAACAUUUUUCAGAAUACUGAAAUACAAAAUGGAAUACUAUAUUAUUUUUAUCGACCUGGAAUGGUAGUAAUGAUUCUGAACUGAGGUAGGUUAAUGGAAAAAUAAGUAACAAUAAGUCUUUUUAUGUAUGAACAAAUUUAAAGUAUUUUCGGGUAGCCUACUUAACAUUUAUUUCCCUACUUGUUAUACAUUGAUUGACAGAAAAUUCCACACAACAUCAAGUCAUUUUGGAAAUGGUUGAUGCAGCUGUCUAUAUUCUUUAGGUAUAAAACGAUUCCAUCCAGUAUUAGCAUUUGACAAGUAAAGAGCUAUCGUAAUGGAAAAUUGUUUUGUGCCAUUAGUUCUUCGUAUUCUGAUGACACAAAGAAUUAUAUUUUUCCCGUUAUAUAAUUCAAUUUUUUCAAGAAUGUAAAGAAUGAAAGUGAAAUAGAAGUGUGAGCUGUACUGCUUAUCAAUUUUUGAAAUUUAAUUGAAAUGAGUGAUGUUUAUCAAACAUUGGCAACAUCUUCCUAACGCUGACUAGUACGCCGCGGUAAAUCUAUAGCUCAACGGAGAGGAGGUUAAGCAGGGCAGCCAUUGUUUUUUGAAUCACGAGGUCAGUGUUACGGUUAGUAAUGGAUAUAAACCUGUUACCUCGCAAAGUAAUUCUUUAUUAGGGUGUAUUGAAGUCAAGCAUUGGAAAGAAAGUUUUCACAUUGCCUGGGAAAUGUGUUCAAAACCGUUUGUCGGACUUAUCUAUUCUUAGAGAAAAGUUGUACACCGAAAUAAUGAGCAGUCCAUAUUUAUACAUGGAGGCAUUUCAAAUUACUUCUUCAAUUAAACUCGAAGACAUAAAAGUUUAUCAAAGUUUUUCUUGUUUCUCUGAAGAAUUUGAGGAACUUUUGGGGCAUUCAGAUGAGAUAGAACAUUUGUCAGAAAAUCGUAUUGUAAAAAUUAAAUGUUCCAGCCAAGAUCCCUUAAAGGGACAACCAUCAUUUCAUUUUGAAGCCAGCAACAGUUCAUCGGUAUAUUCCACUGGGAAGGAAUAUUGUUUAAACCGUUCAGAAUGUGUGCUCCCAGCCACACCUCAGAUAACAUCAGACACAUAUGGUGCUUUGGGAGAAACAGAAGCAUGUUUUCUCCAACCUACAACCCAAUUUGUGACAUCGAACAAAGUUAGUGUUGUGACAGUCAUGGAAGGUUUGGCUGAUGACAGUACUGAUUUGACUGUAUUGAACGUCAAUGAAGAAACAAUAUUGAAUAUGGGAACUAUGAUUGUAACGGUUGAAGAAAACAUUUAGGAGAAAAAACACCUCUCUGUGAAAUUACCAACAUUGAAACGCCUACUGUUCCUCUUAGUAUUCCUAAAGACGUACGGCGACUUUGUUCGAAUGAUUAAUCAAACGGAAUUUCUGAAACUGUGUUUAAAAAACAUUUUGUCUGGCUGUGGGACAAGUUUCGAAGUCACCUAAUUGCUGUUGGUGGCUGUCUUAUGGACUAUCCUGAGGGAAAGGAUGGAAAUCUUGCUUUGAUCAUGGGAAUUAAUCGAAUUUCGUCAAAUGCGCGUGGUGUAAAAGGCGUACCGCCAGUUUUUAUACAUAAACAAGUAUGACGAUUUAAUUUUUAGUGUCGUAUACAGUGCAAUUAAUGCAAUUUUACGCUAUCUUCAACUUGAUUGCCGUGAAUUACGUGAUCCAAUUGGGAUAUCCUGCAUCCUACGGUGUACUCGAUAUUAUUGACCGAUACUACUUCCGCAAGAUGUUGAUGCCCCUCUUGUCCGAAAAAGUAAACGCUCGAACAAGAAUGCCAAGAAAGAAUUUCAGUGUAUUACAAACUUCCUGACAAAAUUUAACAAAUUCCUGGUUGACAAUUCCGUCGAUGUUGAUCUAGCUGAUGGCAAAAAAUUCCCAGUUACAACCUUAAUCGCAUUUGUUUUUUCCUAGCUAUAAACUUUUUACUGUCUCUAUUUGUAAGUUAAAUUUGUAUUGUCAUGUACAGUGCAAUAGUAACAUCAGUAAUUGCGUGUUAUGUAACACAGUUCAAUUUUGUUUCUCAUUGGUGAAGCUGUUCUUUUAGUAAUCAAUACAA